AUGGCUUCGGGCUACGACAGAGCUCUCUCAGUUUUCAGUCCCGAUGGACACGUCUUCCAGGUCGAAUAUGCUGGAGAGGCCGUCAAGAGGGGUACCUGCGCUGUGGGAGUCAAGGGCAAGGAUGUGGUCGUGCUGGGCUGCGAGAAGCGUUCGGCCAUGAAGCUACAGGACACCCGUAUCACGCCCUCCAAGAUCGGCCUCAUCGAUACCCACGUGUGCCUGGCAUUCGCCGGCCUCAACGCGGACGCGCGCAUCCUUGUUGACAAGGCCCGUUUAGAAGCGCAAUCGCACCGCCUUAACCUGGAGGACCCCGUCACGGUCGAGUAUAUCACCAAGUAUGUUGCCGGCGUGCAGCAACGGUAUACGCAGAGUGGAGGUGUCCGGCCCUUUGGCAUCAGCACCCUCAUCGUCGGCUUCGACAAGGGAAGCCAGGUGCCCAGGCUUUACCAGACGGAGCCCUCGGGCAUUUACUCUGCAUGGAAAGCCAACGCGAUCGGCCGAUCGAGCAAGACAGUCCGCGAGUUCCUCGAGCGCAACUACAAGGAAGACAUGGACCGCGAGGCCACGGUGCGGUUGGCAAUCAAGUCGCUGCUAGAGGUUGUGCAGACAGGCGCGAAGAACAUUGAGAUUGCCAUCAUGGCGCCGGGCAAGCUAAUCGAAAUGCUCCCGGUCGAGGACAUUGAGAGCUACGUCAAGAACAUUGAGCAGGAGAAGCAGGAGGAGGCAGCCAAGAAGAAGACAGGCAGGACUCCCGGGACAGGCAGCGCUGCUAUACUGACCCGGAGCGCUCAGGAAGAGCCUGGUGACCAAUAG